CUCACAAAGCGAAAGUAACACCAUUUCAUCACCUUUGAUGAAUGCAAACAUCUCAACUCUCUUUUCUUCUCAAUGUUUAACCUCCACUACUAUUUAUCCGCAUCAAUCACCACUCACUUCAUCCAGCAUUUCCCUGAUUAUGGCGGUCCUUUAAUCGCUUCUCUCUCCAGCAUUUCCAAGUAAGUGACUGCCUUUGGGGUUAUGAAAGUGGCAUAUCUUGGUCAUGCCAUGGCCCGUACCCACUAACUUGAAAGAGCUAUGAGGCUUCGUGGGCCUUACCGGAUACUAUCGCAAGUUUGUGAAGGAUUAUGCUCAGAUUGCUAGACCCUUAACCGAUCAACUCCGCAAAGAUGCAUUUGGAUGGAAUGAAGCAGCUUUUGCAGCCUUCAUAGCUCUCAAACAAGCUAUGACAAAGGCUCCGGUUCUCUCUUUACCUGAUUUUUUCAAACUAUUUGUUAUUGAAACAGAUGCUUCUAACUCUGGCCUUGGUGCAGUCUUACUCCAGGAAAAACACCCCGUGGCAUUCUUUAGCAAAGCGUUGGGAACGAGGGCUAGCUUAAAACCUAUCUAUGAAAAAGAGUUAAUGGCAAUUGUUUUCGCCAUUCUCAAAUGGCGACAUUACCUCUUGGGGAGCAAAUUUGUGGUUCAGACAGACCAAAGCAGUUUGAAGUUUCUACUUGAGCAACGUGAAGUAGGCAUGAAAUACUGAAAGUGGCUCCUCAAGGUCAUGGGGUAAGAUUUUGAGAUCCACUACAAUCCAGGCAUGUCAAAUAAAGCCGCUGAUGCUUUGUCUAGGAGGGGACACUCUGUUGAAGAGUUGGGCACCAUGUGUAGUACACAUGUGAUCGAUUGGACGCGACUGGAUGAAUCUGUGGAACAAGAUGUGGUGUUGAAAUCCAUCAAACAGAAGCUCGUUGCUCAUAAAUCCACCCUUCAAGGUUUUACUUUGCAACAUGGCAGGUUAUACUACAAAGGGAGGUUUGUUUUGCCUAAACAAUCAACCUACAUUUCUACCAUACUUCACCAUUAUCAUGACUCUCCUACAGGAGGCCACUCAGGCGAACACAAAACCUAUCUCGGGAUUGGUUUUGGAAAGGCAUGAAGAAACAGAUCGUAGAGUAUGUUAAAGCUUGUGAAACCUGCCAAACCCCAAAAGCAUUCAGCCCUGAGCCCCGCCGGUCUACUCCAACCUCUCCCCAUACUGAACCAAGUAUGGGAACAUGUCUUGAUGGAUUUUUUUGAAGGCUUAACUAAAGCCAAAGGAAAAAAUACUGUAUUAAUAGUGGUUGAUUGCCUUACAAAAUACACUCACUUCAUCGCGUUGAGCUGUCCAUCCACGGCAGCUGUUGUGGCCGAUGCCUUCGUUAAGGAAAUCGUUCGUCUUCAUGGAUUUCCCUCCUCUAUAAUUUUCGACAGAGACAAGAUCUUUAUGAGUCACUUUUGGAGAGAGCUUUUUCGUUAACAUUCAACCUCUCUUAAGCGGAGUACGACCUAUCACCCCCAAACCGAUGGGCAAACGGAGGUGGUUAACAAGACUCUAGAGAUCUACCUACGUUGCUUUAUCAACGGGCAACCAAAAAAGUGGCUUGAUUGGCUCAAUUGGGCUGAGUAUAGCUACAAUACCUCCCCUCAUACUUCCACUAAGUUGUCCCCCUUUCAAGCCCUAUAUGGCAGACAACCCCCACAUCUCAGCCGCAUUGGUCACGGUCUCACUACCCUUGGGAAUUUGGAGGAAUUGUUACAGUAACGCGAUGCCCAAUUGGACGACCACAAGCUUCAUUUAUUAAGAGCUCAACAGAUAAUGAAGCAUAACGAGGACAAGCACUGGCAUCAUAUGGAAUUCAAUGAAGGGGAUGAAGUGUUUUUGAAGUUGCAACCAUAUUGUCAAAAGUCCCUAGCUCACCAGUACAAUGAGAAAUUAGCUCCACUGUUUUACGGGCCUUACAAAAUCAGCAAGAAAGUUGGUCAAGCAGCUUAUGAGUUGGCUCUUCCACCACACAGUUGCAUCCAUCCCGUAUUCCACGUCUCUCAAUUAAAGAAAGCCACUGGAACCUGCACUCCUUCUCUCGUGCCUUUGCAACUAACUGAUACUCUGGAACUCCGUACUACCCCUGCUGCUGUUUUAAAUGGGUGUUAUCGACAUGAUGGUGCUCUGGAAACUUUAAUCCAGUGGUCUGAUUUACCAGUUACCGAAGCCACUUGGGAGGAAGCUGCCUUAAUUGCUCAACAGUACCCAUCUUUCCACCUUGAGGACAAGGUGCGUCUUCACGCCGGGGGUAUUGCUAUGCCCUUCAGCAAGGAGAGAAUUUGGAUCACUUACUAGAGAAAGAAGAAAAAUGCAGCAGCACAAGAAGAGCUAACAAACCCACAGUGACGUGGCAAGGCUGUUACAACAGAAUGAAGGGAAUAAAAUAAGGGGGGGGGGGGGGGAGAAUUUGUUAUGAACUCUGUUAGAUUUUGUAUGAGCUGGCAAUAUGGGAUUAUAACCCUAUAAAUUGUAGUCUUUAAUUGUAGUAGAGUAAGAACUAAGCAGUGUAAGAAAUACUUGAGGCAGGAGUAAGUGACACUCGAAAAUCAGCUAUUGUAAUUUUCUUUUCUUUUCUAAUACAACCUUCAUUCUUCUCCUCUUCUCAUACCUUCUGUCCACCUUCCCUUCCUUUUCCCCAGUCCAUACCAAAAAGAUGCUCCUGUCUCAAGCAAGUGAAACUAGAUUAGCUUGCUGCUAUAGAAAUAGGUUCCAUGGGCAAUUUGGUGUAAUUCAUGGAAAGUAAUUAACAUAUUCUAUAAAAUCUAGCUUUAAUUCUUUAUGAUUUCUAGUUCUAAUUCUUGAAGCUCUAUAGCUAAACAUAUUCAAUGGAGACUGGAGUAAAGUUUUAGUCUAUUCAUAACACGAAUUUUUUUUUAUUUUGUUAUUGAAUUGCACUAUGAUACCUUGAGACAUGAUCCUUGCUUUCCCUUCCCCUCCUUUUGUACAUAGAUGACAUCCUCUUGCUAUAGCAAUAUUGUGCAUGAUUCUUUUGAAAUCCACUUGACUCGUACGAUUGACCAUUUAGAGAAUAAGCCAUGGUAGAUAUCCUUUAUUUAUUGCCCAUUUUCCCCUUAUCAUUCCAGAUUUUUGUUGUUCAUCUUCAGUUGAAGGUAUAUGUGCUAAAUGGGUGUAUUUUCUAAUCAUCCUUUAGUGAA